GACUCGAAAUGUAUACGAAAUGAGCAAAUGAGGAGAUUGGCAACUGAUAAGCCAGGACUGAUCAAAGUAUAAAAUGAAGAGCUGUGGUCAGAAAAUAAAUCAUUAAGUAUACCUCCAUUUUUUACAUUUCAGCGUCCACCAACCCAUUCCACAUCAAGUAAAUUAACAUGGCUGAGUACAGUACCCGUCCAGCAAAGGAGACAGAUUCUUCGCAAAUCAAUGACAUCGUCAAUUAUGAGAUCAAAGUCUCUGUCAACAACUUCAACUAUGGUCCACGGUCAGAGGAUGCAUGUCUUGAAUGGUUCAGGAGCACAAUUCAAGGCGGAUACCCAAUUCUUGUUGCAACCACUAUCGUCGAAGACAAGGAGUUGGUUGCAGGAUAUGCAUCUUUAGGAAGCUUCAGACAAAAGGAUGGAUAUCGUUUCACCGCAGAAUACUCAUUGUAUAUCCAUCAUGAGCAUCGAAAACGCGGCCUUGGACGAAUGUUACUGAGAGAACUUUUGGCAGAAGCAAAGAGGCGUAACUUCCAUGCAAUCAUUGGAAGCAUCAGUGAAGGCAAUGAAGCAAGUCUACGCCUGGCUGCCGAGUUCGGAUUCAGAGUAGUUGGAACCAUGAAGGAGAACGGAUACAAGUUCGAUCGAUGGAUCGAUAAUACAUUUAUUGAGCUACUUCUGUAA